CGCAUAAAAGUCGCAGCUUGAGCAUGAAACGCAUGGAACCUGUAAAUAGUACUAGCAGGAAUAGUUCGUUAUCAGCUAUACUGCUUCUAGUAUAUUGUUAGGUUAUUAUUAUUUAUUUACUAUUAAUAUAUUUAUGUUUGAUAACGCCAGACCGGGCUUGUGACUGUUUUGGUUUUGAGAACUAUGUACUACUAGUUGAGUUGCAUAUGCAGUGAAUCGUGACGGAAAGGUCAACUUUCAACUCAUUCGUGUUACCUACCAAUCAGUUCGGUUCGAUUAGAUCCAAUCAACAGAGAAACGGAACAGUGCACGGUCAAUCACAGCUGGUUAAGGUAUAGUUCCUGGAGGGAUCACUUCGCAGAAUUCCUGUCAGUUAAAGUUGGUGCGCUCGGAACAUUCAAUGCUAGAUCUCCGAAGGAGGCGUCUGUUAGGUUGAUAGCAGAGUGUUGCAUAACCGUAUGCGGCCGGAGUUUACAAAGUUGUUGCUUAGAACGAUAGGUGCAAGUUGGGGCAUUCCGUUAGUUUGCGAGUGAUGUAACACAUACAGAAGAUGAUGAAACGGUACUAGCAAGAUUCUGGACAAAUAAUGCAGAAUCUACUGUUCGUAGAAAUAAUAGAACGCUAAGUAUCUACGUCUAUAACGUAGCGUUGGAAGAAUUCUUUGAAUGUUACUAGUGUUGUUCUUCUUUCAACUAAUGGAACUAUACAUAUGCAGGCAAGACAUCCAAUAACUGCUGUAGUAAGGAGUGCAUUUGCAUAUGAAUAUAACACCAAACAGAUCGAUUUCAGUAACUAACUACAAGCCGGAGAAGAAAGCAUCGUCUCGGAGACGAACGUCUUAUCAGUGCUUUUCUCAACCCGAUCGUCUGCUAUACGUCACUGAAUCAGAGAAUUGUAAUCUCGAAUCUCAACCACCGCAAUACCGAAACGCAUAUAGUAACCGCGAGACUAGAAAAAAAACAAAUAAUUCAUCCCACCAGCGAACAAAAAAGUGCACUGAUAACAGCGGAAGUAAGGUAUCAUCCUAAGUUGUAAACAAAAAUGCCGAAGAACAAGGCGCCGGGCGAUAGAACUUCGGGGGUUGGUAGCGAUCUGCAGUCGAGUUCGACUGCCGUCUACGACAGGAUUUCCUCCACUGCCGAUGUUUCGUCAGUCGAACCGCGGCGUUCGAGAGGUGCAGAUAUCAGUCAAAUUGUCGUUCCCACCGCAAGCGACGGUGAUUGUUUCGUAGCGAGUCCGUCGUCAUCCGUGCUAACCGAAAGUUACUACCUGCUGCAGAAACCGACCGUGAUGAAGCACAAAGCGGGAGGCCGCCUUCGGGAAGCAUGCCGAAACCGUAGCGUACUGGUUGAUCUGCUUGCGAUCCUGUUCGGUAUCAGUGCCUGGAUCGGAGUGAAUUCCAGCUUCGUCCAGCUGCCGCUGCUGGUGACGAAUGCACCGGAGGGAUGGAACCUACCGUCCUACAUGGUGAUUGUGACCCAAAUAGGCAACGUGGGACCACUGCUGUACACCGGGCUGCAGAAAUGGAAAGGAUCGAAGGAUUCGUACAUAAUAUACGUGCUACUCGUGAUUGGAUGCGUCGGGGCCAUCUGUAUGGCAUUCCUUUACGAAACGACGGCAUACGUGUUUGGCGCCGAACGGUCUGUUGCUAUGCUGGUGUGUGUUUUUGCACUAGCACUGGUCGGCUGUACCAGUUCGGUUCUUUUUAUGCCCUACAUGGGUCGUUUCCGGGACAUUUAUCUGAUAACCUAUUUGAUCGGUGAAGGACUCAGCGGUUUCGUACCGAGUAUCGUGGCGUUGAUUCAAGGGGUCGGCGGAAAUGCAGAAUGCCUACCAAACAAUUCAACGGAUCCGAGCACUCCGGAGUUUAUCAGUUACACCCCACCGCCACGUUUCGGCUCAAUGGAAUAUUUUAUCUUUGUUUUCGUAAUCUUUGUCAUCAGUACAGUGGCUUUUACCGUACUGGAUAAACACAAGCGAUGUCGCAAGGAGUACGCUGCCGUCGUCAUCAACAACGGUAACGAUUACACCUACGAAUCGGACCAACGGAAGGUGUCAUCUUCGUCGAUGGGUAAAUCGAAGGGUGAGCUUGAGGAGACAAAAGUGCUUUCGAAUCGCAACUACACGUAUCUCAUGGUGCUGCUUGGUGUACUGUGCACCUUCGGCAACGGUAUCUUUCCCAGCGUUCAGUCCUACUCGUGCCUCCCGUACGGAAAUGUGGCGUACCAUCUGACGGUGACGCUGAGCACGAUGGCCAAUCCGGUGGCUUGCUUCAUGGCACUGUUUCUACCGCACACGUCGAUCCGAGCGAUCAGCUCGAUUUCCCUGGUGGCCGCUGUGUUUGCAGUGUACGCACUGGCGACGGUGUUUAUGAGUCCUAUCCCGCCGCUGGUUGGUUUGGUUUCGGGGGAAGCUCUGGUGAUCAUCACCUGGACCAUCCUGAUCGGGUUGGUGAGUUACGUGCGCCUUUCGAUUACCACCGUGUUUCGCUACCAGGGUGGCCGGUCGCUGGUGUGGGUGGGAGCCGUCACUCAGAUUGGUUCCCUGGUUGGUUCGAUCUUAUCGUUUACGCUGGUUAAUUUUACCGACCUAUUUCAGCAGUACUAUCCGUGCUGAUCAAGGGUUACUGCACGAUUUUAGCGGUCUUAGAACUUAGCUGUAGACUGAUUGUUAGUAUUUUUUACCUAAAUAGCUUAGAAUGUUGCGUCAGGUACGGAUGGAGUUCCUGAUCGUAGUGAGGCUGCCAAACAUUGGCCCACAACUGCAUUUAAUAUGAUAGGCUCAGUACAAUUUUUAUUUGGAUGAUCGAUGUGAGGUUUAUCAAGAAGAAACGAAAUUUAAAUUAAACUUGGGAAAGACGAAAAGCGUAAAUCUAAUGAAUCUACUACUAAUUUUCCUAAAAUUGUCAUGAACAAAUUCAUUAUUAUUGGUGUAAUACUCCUAGUUUGAUAGAUGAUGUUUGAGUUAUUUCACUUCUUUAUACAAUUUUAUCUGAAAGUAUAGAGACUUACACA